AUGGAAAACAUAGUAGAGCAUCCUAGUUUACCCAUAGACCUGAAUCAAAGUGGUGAACCAGAAGGAGAAAGACCUAGAGUAGGGAUGUGCUUUGCACCAGGGAUCGACUUUUGUAGAUUUUGCCAUGAAUAUGCUUACAGGGAAGGGUUCGAGCUUUUCAUAAAAAGCAGUGAAUUGCUGCCAGAGUUUAAGGCAAAGGGGGUUCGUAGAGGUGGCGUAGGAGAAAAAGAGGCGAAAGCAGAUAUGACGAGUCGUAUCAGACUUAAAUGUAAGGGGGGGGGGGGUGCGGCAAAAACUGAAGGAUGUAAUGUCACUGGUUGCAAAAUGUUUGUGUAUGGGGUUUUGAAGGGUGGAAAAUUUGAGAUACUCGGUUGCGACCUGAAGCAUAACCAUGAUCUCAAUCCUGGUUGUAGUUAUCUAAUGGUUAACUAUAGAAGUAUUGAUCAAGGAACGUUUGAGAGAGCGAUCAUCAAUGAUAACGCGGGAAUAAGCAUAAAUACGAACUUUAGUGCACAGGUUCUUGAGCGUGGUGGAUUCGAUAAUAUGAACUUCAACAAUCGAGACUUGAGGAAUGCAAUAAAUUUAGAUCGACGUAUGUCAAGGUGUCUGGGAGAUGCAAAGGCACUACAAGACUACUUGAAGAAGCAACAUGAACUGAAUAAUGACUUUUAUAGUUGUCUUCGAGUUGAUGACGGUGGGACGUUGUUGCAUGCGUUUUGGUCUGAUGCUCGGAGCAGAGAAUCCUAUAAAUAUUUUGGAGAUGUAAUAACAUUCGACACAACCUUCUCCGUGAACAGGUUCCGUAUGCCCUUUGCACCCUUUAUCGGUAUCAACCAUCACGGAUCAUCUAUAAUAUUUGGGGCUGCAUUAAUCACGCACGAAGACACCGAUACUUUUGUAUGGGUGUUUGAGAAAUUUGUGAAGUGCAUGGGUAAGAAACCAAAAGGGAUUUGUACAAAUCAGUGUAGGGCAAUUGGGAGAGCAGUUGAGGUUGUGUUCCCCGGUGUCCCGCACAGAUUUUGUUUAUGGCAUCUCCUCCAGAAUGCGUCGAAGAACCUGGGAACCAAUGCUAAUUGGAAAGAUAUUGACCGUUUAAUACGUACAGCGGUCCAUGAUAUGAUGCAUCAGGAAGAAUUUGAUGAAGCUUGGUGUAUAAUAAUGGACAAAUAUUGUCUAAGGGAAGCAGGUUGGAUGAAGGAGCAAUAUGAAACAAGGACUCAAUGGGCUCCCGCUUACUGUAGAGGGACGUUUUGGGCUGGGAUGUCUUCCACGUAG